AUGGGUCGAUAUCGCCGUCGAUUAUAUGCCAUUCCGCCCUCCUUCCUAGGAAUUGAUACCUCCAGAAUCUGGCCUGAGAUGGCCUCUGCUAGAAAUAUCAGAAUCAUGGGCAAGAAAAGAAACUUCCUCCGCUCACGACACGGCUGUGACGGUUGUCGCCAAAGACAUCAGAAAUGUGACGAGGAGCGACCAAGUUGCCUCUCCUGCACCAUUCGAAAGCUCGAGUGUCAUUAUCCUCCCCCUUUUAAAUGGUCAACCUGGGAAUCAGGUGAGCGAAGCACGCGAACAGUAACCAACGUGCUCAAAGGCAGCCAACUUGAACCCUCCCCGUCAACACCGGCCCAAAAACCGUCCGAGGAUGACUCCCCACAGACCCCGUCACUAGGGAUCGUCCAGGUGUGGGCUCUGGAGCAGAAUCUCGACACGCUGGUAUCCCCCCAUUUCUCUUCGCUCGGGGCUCAAACGGCGUGGACAUGGUUCGUCAAGUGCUUGGCCAGUCGGCUACCCGCCUUUGAAAGCGCUUCAAACCCAUACCGUGCACUCGCAACGGAGGCUUUGGGCUCUUCAGUCCUGCUUGACAGCAUCGUUUCGCUCGCCACCGAACACAUGUUCAACUUCGGCCUCAACAACCUACAAACGGUUAUAAGUAGGCAACAGCGGGCACUUCAGUCCCUCCGUCGGGCGGCGUCAAAUGUUGCGGCGCCCGACGAUUCAUCAUUAACUCUAUCCAGCGAGCUCUCUAUCAAAGAAGGUGCUCUAGCAGCGGCACUGUUACAAGUGGCAAAUGCGAUUUUAGGUGGCUCGAACUCGACUGACGCACAUUUGAGAUAUGCUCUUCACCUUCUACGUAGUCUAGGAUGCAUUCGUACUCCUCCACAGACGUUCUUUUUCCGGCUGAUGUUCCAACGAUUCGCACAGAUGGACCUCGCCAAUGCCCUCCUACGCCAGGCGGCUCCUCUGGCUCCAGAGGACUUUGCCUUAUUCCAGCCCAAUGAGGAGUUCUGGGACCAGACAUAUCCCAGCUACUACGAGAUGAGCGGCUGUUCGCAGGUGACGGCAUGUUUCCUGGUCAAGAUAGCGCGCAUGGCCCGCGACAGAGAUGAAAAUGUCGCCCCAGACAAGGUGACGGAGAUUCUCGAAAAAGCCUAUGAUCUUGAAACUCAGCUUCAUCUCUGGGGACAAAAGAAUGGCUAUCACCUGUCUCGAGAAGCGAACCAACCGUUCGUGAAGACUAUGGUUUCCACAGACCCAUCGAGUCCAGACCCCAGCGACGACGGUGGACAAUCAGAUCAGUCGCGAGCGUUGAGUGCAGAUCCGAGUAGACAGUCACUCCUCCGUGUGGGCGAAUGCUUCUUCUGGACCGCACAUCUCCUUUUGUACCGCCGUGUAUACCAGGAUCAAACCCACUCGCCACGAGUUCGAGCCGUGGUGGGCAAGCUAGUCCGACUAAUGGACCUCCUGGUCGCUGGUUGUGGGCCAGAUACCUGCCUACCGCUCCCAUUCUAUCUUACUGCGCGAGAGGCGGUGACGAGCGAGGAACGGGACUGGGCGCGGCGGAAACAUAUUUCAAUGCGCGACUACUAUCGUGACGUGAGUCGAGACCAAAUGAUGUCCAACACAGAAGAGAUAUGGCUACGAUCGGAUGAAAUGCUCAAUCGAGCACCUUUAGAUGGUUUCCAACGAGGCCAGGAGGAACUACAUGAGUAUAUUCGGACGGUGGAUCAGAAGUCUUCGUACUUUAUAUACUGA